AACAAUGUCCGCCACCAUAUGCGAGAACCAACCACACGUGCUGGUAUUUCCAUACCCAGCACAAGGCCACUCUCUUGCACUCCUUGAUCUCGCCCACCAACUUUCUCUCCGCCGCAUAGCCUUAACCAUCUUAGUCACCCCCAAGAACCUCCCAGCUCUCGAUCCACUUCUCAUCGUCCACCCGACCAUCGAAACCUUGGUCCUUCCCCUUCCUCCCCACCCGAAACUACCUCCCGGAGUAGAGAACAUCAGGGAAACAGGAGUACGAGGAAACAUCGCCAUGAUCAACGCUUUAUCCAAGCUCCACGAUCCCAUUGUACAGUGGUUCAACUCCCACGCUAACCCUCCUGUAGCUAUUAUCUCCGAUUUCUUCCUCGGCUGGACUCAGAAACUGGCGGCUCGAAUUCGUAUUCCGAGGAUCUGUUUCUUCUCCAACAGCGUUGGUAGUUUCUCAGUAACUGACUAUUGCUGGAGUAAUUUAAACGCAGUUCGUUCUUCACCGGUUGUCCACUUUCAUGAGCUUCCGAAAUCACCUUCUUUCAAGCAGGAGCAUAUGCCGUCUGUGAUCCGUUUCUUCGAUGAAUCCGAUCCGGAGAAGCAGAUGAUUAGAGAUGGUUCCAUUGCAAUUCGUUCAAGUUGGGGUUUGGUUUUCAACAGCUUCGACGCUUUGGAAGGUGACUUCUUAGACCAUUUGAGAGAGAAAAUGGGACACCACCGCAUCUACGGUGUUGGCCCGUUGAACCUGUUUACUCUACCGGAAAGUUUGGAACGAGGCAAACCGGAUAAGGAUUUCCAUGGCUGCGAACGUGAUGUUUUAGGCUGGCUCGAAGGGUGUGCUGAUGAAUCUGUGCUGUACGUUUGCUUCGGGAGUCAGAAAUUGUUAAAGAGAAAACAAAUGGAGGGUUUGGCUUCGGCGCUGGAGCGUAGCAAGACUCGGUUUAUAUGGGUCGUGAAAACUAGUACGGAGAGAGAAAUGGAAGAAGGGUACGGCGUCGUUCCGGAUGGGUUCGAAGAAAGAAUCCAAGGGAGAGGACUGGUGGUGAGGACAUGGGUUCCGCAGUUGAUGAUACUGAAUCACCGAGCGGUUUGGGGGUUUCUGAGUUACUCGGGUUGGAACUCGUUAAUGGAAGGGAUAUCAGCGGGAGUGAUGCUGUUCACUUGGCCAAUGGAGGCUGAUCAUUAUAUGAAUGCUAAACUUCUGGUGGAUGAAAUGGGAGUGGCGGUGAAGGUUUGCGAAGGCGAUGAUGGAGUUCCUGACUCGGCCGAGUUGGGAAAGGUGAUUGAUGAGUCAAUGAAUAAUGUGAACGGUCCACAAAGAGUGAAAGUGAAAGAGGUAAGGGACAAGGCUGUUCAAGCGGUAAGUGUCGAUGGAACCUCAUCCAAGAAUCUGGACGAGCUUGUCAAAGAAUUGCGCCUACUUUGUGUGUAACGUGGAUGGGCCAAAAAGAGUGAAGUGAAAGAGCAGAGGGACAGCCUUUUGGAGCAUUAGUGCUGCUGGAUGAGCUUGUCAAAAAAUUAAGACAACUUUAAAUUAUAGUCUAAAUUGUCUCUUUCUGCAUUUUUUCCAUGCAAAAAGCAAGAGCCUCUUGUUGAAACUCAUAGUUAACAAAAAGAGUUGAAGAAUAUUGACGAAAUAAUUCACUGUAUUCUCUCGUGUGUUUUCCAUAGUUGUUCAACACAUAUAUGUACAAGGCUAUUAGAUAAUACAUGUGAUAAAUACCAGAAGGUUAUAUAUUGUCUCCUAAUCCCUUGAGCCUUAGCUUU